AUGGGGGCGGGCGCGUCGGUUGGCGGUUGGAGCCCCUCAGGCGCGUCGCCCGCGCGCCAUGCUGAUCACGCUCUGCUACUUGUACUUGUGGGCGCGCUGGGGGGCCUCUUCGGCGGGGCUCAUCCGCCGCACGGUGCGCAGGCUGUACAGGACCCGCUGCUCCUUCACCUUCUCUACCUCCUCUUCCUCCAGUCCCGGCUGCCCUCGCCAAACUCCGCAGCACCAGCAAGCUGCCCACCAUCCGCUUCGCAGGCAGGGGCCCCGGCGCCCCCCGGAGGAGGAGAGAGUCUGCCUGAGGGUGGGGGACAAGGUCUUCUUCACUGACGAGACCCAGUCUGUUGAUGAUUUAAACAAAUGGACGUUGCUUAUUGUAUCGCCUUUUCAUUAUUUGGAUAAAAUAUUGGAAACAGAACGUAUCACAUUUCUAACUGAAAGUAUUUCCAUUCAAGCAGGCAGUUCUCAGGCUGUAAAUUGCUCAGCAGAAAAGAUUGUGAAGUGGUCAGACUAUUGUUCACCUUUGGCCUUCAGACCUGGCGAACCUUACAUAUUAUUUGCUGAAACAAGCAUAGAUAACUUCAGUAGCCUUGGGAUAGCAUUCAUGGAAAAUAGACUCCAAAUGGAUAAUGGAAUGAAGCCUCAAAAAAUUGUGUCUGUUCACUUACAGAAGUCAGCGCUGGAAGAGUUAGAACAACUGGCUCCAAAUACCCCAAAAGAGGGAAAUACUAAUAAGAUGCCACUUGGUGAACUGACUCAAGGGUCUACUUUUAAGACUGAUGCUAAACCAGAAGAGGAAGCUCUUGAUUGUGCAGCAGGUGGCGAUCAAGAAAUGCAGAGAUCAGCAUGUAAAUUGCAGAAAGUAAAUGAACAUCCUGAACAACUUGAGCAAAUAUCUGAAAAGGAAACAGGAACUGGUGAACAUCACCACCUUCAUCUUUCCAGCUGUCAUGAGUGCUUGGAACUGGAGAAUAGCACAAUUGAGUCAGUUAAGUUUGCCUCUGCAGAAAACAUUCCAGAUCUUCCUGAUGAUUAUAGUGGCAAUUCCGAAGAUGUUAGUGAUAAUCUGGCAGGAAACCUGAAAAGGGUAAACCUUACUGGGAAGCCUCCUAAUAUUUUAAUUUACGUUGGUUCUGACCCUGGAAAAGUGAAGUUUGAGGAAAUAAAAUCACUCAUCAUGGAAUGUGUAGAUGUUAAUGCUUAUACAGUCUACCAGUUGUUAGAGAAUCAAGUUAUGAGCGUUCCAUGGCUUGACAAUGCAUUGCUGUUGAUUGUUGCUGCAUCACACCCCAUUUCAGAUGAUGUGUCCAAACAAUUUCUUGCUUUUAUGUCAAAAGGUGGGAAGAUUUUGGGACUUGCUUCUUCUUUCACUUUUGGUGGAAUACAGCUAAAAAGUAAAGAUGAACUGAUGGGCAAAAUACAGGACUUCGUGUUUUCAACAGCAAAGAGCAAAGAGGUUAGACUAAAUAUUCUAGCUAGUGGGAAAGUUUUCGAGAGAGAAACUACAGAAGAAUUAAGCCCCAUGAAGCUACUAGGUUACUUGGGGAGUCCAGAUAAAGAUAUGGUGAUUGUCCAUCUGCCCUAUGGAAAUGGUGGUGGAGAAGCCAUUCUUUGUCAGGCACAUUUGGAAGUGAAUGUCAAGGGUUUGUCUACUCAAACAAAGGAUGACUUCAAUUUGCUCAAAAUGAGCAAUGCCAAAAGAUAUGAUGUUCUUACCGAAAUCCUGACACUACUUCAUUUGAGCUGUGAUUUAAGUGAAGUUCCCCAAUUAACUCCUAUUUACUUGCUCUCAUCUGAUAAGGAUGUCCAUGGUUUAUUUUUGGGGUGGCUUGAAAGAAAUGUGAAUGCAGAAGGAUUAAUCAGAUCCAACAUGGUGUCCCUCAAGUUUGUAUCAUCUUGCAUCAAAGGAACAGAAGUAACACCCUCGCUCAUGCCGGUAGUUACUGAGAUGGAAGCUUUCUCAUCCGAACAUUUCAGUUUUGAGAGAUACAGGCAAAAUCUACAUACAAAGAAGCUUGGGAAAGUAGUUCUCUUUGCUGAAGUUACAUCAACCACCAUGAAUCUUCUUGAUGGGUUGAUGUACAAGGUGCCACAGGAAAUAGGUCUGAUUGCGAUUGCAGUUCAACAAACUCAAGGGAAAGGCCGUGGUGGGAAUGCUUGGCUGAGUCCUGUGGGAGCUGCUUUAUCAACUCUACAUAUCACCAUUCCUUUAUCUUCUGAACUGGGACGAAGAAUUCCUUUUAUUCAGCAUUUGGUUUCUCUAGCAGUUGUAGAGUCUGUUAGAUCCAUACCUGGAUACCAGGAUAUUGAGCUUCGAGUGAAAUGGCCAAACGAUAUUUACUAUAGUGACCUUAUGAAGCUGGGUGGCGUUUUAGUGAAUUCCACACUAACAGGAGAUACAUUCCACAUUCUUAUUGGCUGUGGAUUUAACGUGAAUAACAGCAACCCCACUAUAUGCAUCAAUGAUCUCAUUAUGGAGCACAAUAAGACAAAGAAUACAGAAUUAAAGCCCUUAAGUGCAGAUUACCUGAUUGCAAGAAGUGUGACAGUGCUGGAAAGUCUGAUCAACACCUUUCAAGAGAAAGGACCUAAUGGAGUUCUUCCCAUGUACUAUAAGUACUGGGUGCACAGUGGUAAACAAGUACGGCUUGGAAGUGAUGAAGGGCCUUUAGCGUGGAUCGUUGGAAUAGAUGAUUCCGGAUACCUUCAAGUUCAUGAGGAAGGCAAAGAUGUAGUAACCGUGCACCCAGAUGGCAAUACUUUUGAUAUGCUGAGAAACCUGAUAAUUCCAAAACAGCAGUAGUUUUUGAAUAUGGUGAAACAGCUUCUCUCUCAGACCAUUUUCUAGAGUUUGGCUGGAGACUGUCAGACUAGAAGUAUCUAAUCUGAAGAAUUGAAACACUGUAUACCAAGGAAAACAUUGAAUUUUGGGUCAUUUAAUUUUCCUGGGCUCUUGGCCCAGUGACCUGGGAUUUAGUGGCUUUUCAUGUUUGUUUGUUUGUUUUCCUUUCAGUCUCCAUGCAGAUGUGAAGGAAACCUUAUGGUCAGCAUGAAAAGCUCUAGCUUCUAAUUUUUGGCAUGGAACACUCAAGUAGAAUUAGCUCCAUAAAUCUGUGUUAUCCUGUUACUACAGAUUCUUCACGCUUGCACUUACAGUAUACCUUUACAUCCAGUGCUCAUAUUACUUUGUAUCUAUAGGAAGGAAUGCAUUUUGCAGUAGAAUAUUUCCUCUAUUAAAACGAUAGGGUAUAAUAAGUUUGGUUUACCAAUGCCCCGGUUUAUUAUGGUGUUUUGUUUUUAAGUUGUGGAUGAACAGCUAUAUGCAAAAUGAAGUUAUAUUAUUCAUUUUGAACAUCAGUUUUAGAGUAUGCCAUAAAAUUAUUUAAAGAAUUUUACCCCUCCUGCUGUCUCAUACCCACAAAACAAUGAUCAAAACGAAUUUUAGCCUUUUAGUAAGGUCUCUCCAGAUGCUGUGUUAUAUUGGGAGUCCAAGUCUUUCAGAAGCUUGAUGUUUCCACAACUGACCACUAAUUGUUAUUUUUUCUAACAAUAGAUUUCUGGCAGUUGCCCCGAUUCCUAUAAGACUAUACAGAAUCUGAAUUGCUUGGAAGUAUGUUUCAAGUUCAUAGUGCUAUUUUGCAUUUUCCUUGGAUUAUGAAUCCGACAAGUGUUUCUGCUUUAAUGGCUACAGCAGAACCUAUUUUCCUGUAUUAUCUAUUGUGCCUUAUGCAUUAAAUAUAACAUAGUGUAUGAUACAUAAUUAUGUGUCAUCUCGCCUACUCAGUAUGGUCCUCUGAUCACUCUGAUCAUUUUUAUGAUCAGAUGCCAAAUACUGAUGAAUAGAUGAUACGUUCAGCUUCUUGCACUGUUCUCAGAGGUUCCUAGGUGUAUGACUGUGUUUCUGGACUAGGCUGCCUAGGCUUAUGGAACUCACUCUCAACCCAGCCCUCCCAGGCUUAUAGUUUGAAACCAAUUUCUGCAUAUUGGGGAACUGUUGGUAACAUGACCUUCUAAUGAGAACUGACAUGGGUUCUAAAGGACUCCCUCAUGUUACGUUAAGAAAGUGCCCUGAAAUGCAUGCCUGACAUGUAGCCAGAAGCAGGUUUGUAGGUUAAAGUUCACUUUAUAAAGAAUCAGGAAAUAAGUAGAUUGGCUCAAAUAUAAAUCCAAGAAGCCUUAAAGAAAGCAAAGAAGUUGGCCUGUAAUGGUGGAUUAGCAUAAUCCCUGCAUAUUGGAGUCUUGAGUAGUUUGACUAUAAAUUACUGGAGAUUAAGUUUUCAUUUCAUUUAAAAUGAGGAUUUUGACUUCUGUUGCAUAAUGUUUCCCACACUGUGACAUCUAUGACUGUUUCUUGCUUGAUGGCAUUGUUAUCUAACAAAUGAAAAAGUAAAACAAUUUAGCUUAUUUGAGUGGCUCUAUAUUGAUUAUUUGUUCAAAGAACUAAGGGUGAGAAGUAAUGAGUUGCAAAACUCUCUGGGACUAGGAAUUCAAAGCUCCUAUUAUUAUUGAUUUAAUAACUCCAGUGAUCCUUAAGAUUGAGUUAGUAUAAUAAAAUAAAUGGAAACUCCAGCAAUGUAUUUGGUAUUCAAUUUUUAUUUUUAUUUGCUUGUGGAAUCCUUCUGUCCUAUUGUCCUACCUCAGGAGCUUUUAAAUGUAUGAUUCAUACUUCUUACCUGUUAGCUGCCAAAUUAACAGAGCAGGGCUGUGCCACUUCAUUGUUCAGUCUGAACCUUCAUCCCAAGUCGCACAGCAAUCCACUCCCCAGUGUCUACCUGACAUCUUGCAAACAUGUUCCUACUGUGAAAAGCUUAUGACUUUUCACAGUAUACACCAUUUUAAUAAUGUAGGGUAGUUUGAUUAUACAUGACAGCCAAGAUUGCUCACAAUUAUUCAGGAGGGUAAAUUCAAAAAAGAGGUGUUGAAUUUGGAGACAGGAUCAGUGAAAUUUAAUUGUUGAAAGGUUCUCUAAAGCUUGUUCUUCAUUUAAUUCUGCCCCUUUCACUUAUUAAUUUCCGCCCUGGUUUUUAGUAUGUGUUUGAGAAAAUGUAGGGUACAACAUCACUAUUGAUGUUAUUUGGAGCAGUGAAAGAUCAGACAGAUGAGGGAAGGGAUAACUUCAUGCUAUUGUGUCAUCUGGCAGUCCAUCAGAUCUAAUUGUUUUGCUACUGAAUACUAUACCAGUGAACAGAAAAAAAACAGCUACCAUAUAGAAUUUGGUAUCUACCUGGCAUUCAUUACCAAGGUUGGGCUGGAUGAAAGGGACAGGCCUAAUCUCUUCCUAUGGUGUCCUGAGAAUUAUUGGUGCAGCAGCAAUAUAUAUUCAAUGGCUGGGGAGAAGGGGUCCAUCUUCCACUUUCCUUUUCAUAGCAGCCUGUCCAGCAAUCAACUGAUGCCAAAGAUUUACAUCAGGUGCUGGGCUCUCAGGACAGGACAGGGUUCUUGUUGAUGCGAGAGGUGGUCUUUGAGAUGCUCUUGGAGACCUCCUCACUUGUUACCAUGCAUGUCUGGAUGGCAAUGGCAAAGAGUGUUUUUUACUAGCUUUAGGUGGUGUGCCUGCUGCUCCUUUUCCUAGUGAAGCUUGUUCUGGCCUUUGUCAUUCAUGCCUUAAUUAUACAAGGUGACCUUCCAUAACAAUGUGAAAGAUGGACAGUUCUCUGCUGUAUUGACUUCUGUUUGCCUGAGUGACUGAGCAUGUGGUUGGUCUAGAUUUUCCCCUUCUUCCGCUCCUCCUUUUUCAUGUAUGCACAGAACACAUUUUCUUAAUUUAUUAAACUUGAUUUUGUAUUGUUUGACUA